AUGCUUUGUGCAAACCUGGGAAGUCUAAGGAGAACUAUAAUUGUUGGACCAAAGGGACCCUCUCCAGGCAUAAAUAGCAAGACUCCUACUGUCUUCUCUUGCAGACCAACUCAGCUGCCAGCAAAAGCAGGUGCUCUCCCCCUACCAGUACUCCAGAGGAAACAUUUGGGAAUGGAAAACCUGAUGUUUGUCUACUGCUCCUGUAAAGUUAUCUGGACCCUCCUUGUAGCAGCAGUGGGCUGUGCCAGCAGCUUGCCUGUGGGUGAUGAUUCUCUCUGCUCAGCAGAGGAGCUGGCCAAGUACAGCAUAAUCUUCACGGGCAAGUGGAGCCAGGCUGCCUUCCCCAAGCAGUACCCACUCUACAGGCCCCCAGCACAGUGGUCAGCAAUGCUGGGUGUUACUCACAGUUCUGACUACAACAUGUGGAAAAAAAAUGAGUAUGCCAGCAAUGGUGUUCGGGAUUUUGCUGAGAAGGGUGAGGCAUGGGUAUUGAUGAAAGAAAUAGAAGAAGCUGGGGAGAAAAUUCAGAGCGUACAUGGAAUCUUCUCUGCUCCUGCCAUAUCCAGUGGCACAGGACAAACCUCCACUGAGUUAGAAGUGCAUCCAAGACAUCCCUUAGUUUCAUUUGUAGUACGAAUUGUUCCAAGCCCAGACUGGUUUGUGGGCAUUGAUAGCCUGAACCUCUGUGAAGGAGGCCACUGGCUGGAGGAAGUGACAGUAGAUCUGUUCCCAUAUGAUGCUGGAACUGACAGUGGUUUCACAUUUUCUUCCCCAAACUUUGCCACCAUUCCACAGGACACAGUUACAGAGAUCACUUGUUCCUCUCCAAGCCACCCAGCCAACUCAUUUUAUUAUCCCAAACUCAAAAUUUUGCCACCUAUUGCUCAAGUAACAAUGGUGAAAAUAAAGAAAAACCUUCUGGGUCUUCCUGUACCUUAUGUUAAUAUGCCAGAUAAAAGCAAUGAAGUAAUAGACACUGUCUCAGAAACACCACUGGACUGUGAGGUCUCACAAUGGUCUUCCUGGGGUCUCUGUAGAGGUGUUUGCAGAAAAACAGGGACCAAGAUAAGAACUCGUUUCGUGCUUCUUCAGCCUGCCAAUAACGGAACACCUUGUCCAAAUCUGGAUGAAGAAACUGGAUGUGAACCAGAGAACUGUGUCUGA